AUGGUUACCCUCCACCUCGCCUACACCGCGCCCAUCAACCCCCUCUCCACCACCCCCGUCCUCACCCACGCACAAGUCUGGGCCGGGCUGCAGCGCAAAAUCCGAUUCGCGCAGGAAUUCGUACCCGUCAUCGCGUCGUGCUCCGUGCUCUCUGAAGAAGACGGCGUAGUGACUCGAGACGUGGUGUUCAAGCCGGGCGUGGGGCCGAAGGAGAAAGCGCGAGAGGUAGUUAGGGGGUUUGGGACGAGUUGGGUCGAUUUCGAGCAAGAAGACGGCAGCGUGGUCAAGAAUGUUAUUUCGGACGGCGCGGAUGGGGCGCUGUACAUGACGUAUGCAUUUGAAUUCAGGUUUCCGGAUUUAAGGGAGGGGAGUGCGGAGGCGGAGGCACAGAGGGAGAAACUCAAGGGUACGAGUAAGAUGGCGGUGGAGAAGAGCAUUGAGACGAUUCGGCAGAUGGUGCUGGAUGGGCGGAUUAAGGAGUAG